AUGUAUUCUGUGGAGUGGCAGAAACGAGGAUUGCCACAUGCACACAUUUUGAUUUGGUUGGUUGAAAAUAUAAGGCCAAAUGAAGUUGAUGCAGUGAUAUCAGCUGAAAUCCCUAAUGUACAAGUAGAUCCUGGAUUGCAUGAGGUAGUUAUCAAAAACAUGAUACAUGGUCCCUGUGGAACUCUUAAUCAAAAUUCACCGUGUAUGAUGGAUGGUAAAUGUUCAAAACGAUAUCCACGGACAUUAAUAUCGGAAACAAUUACUGGUAAUGACGGUUAUCCAUUGUAUCGUCGCAGAUCGACAGCAGACAAUGGAAAAUCAACAAUUGUCAAAUUAAAUCAACAAGAUAUUGAAAUAGAUAAUCGUUGGAUUGUUCCAUAUUCACCCAUUUUAUCAAAGACAUUCAAAGCACACAUCAACGUUGAAUCUUGCCAUUCAGUGAAAUCUAUUAAAUACAUUUGCAAAUAUGUAGCCAAAGGGAGUGAUAUGGCUGUGAUUGGAAUUGGUGCAGAGAAUUCCAAUGAUGAAGUUACCCAAUACCAAAUGGGCCGCUAUGUCAGUAGUAAUGAAGCAGUUUGGCGAAUAUUUUCUUUUCCUAUUCAUGAGAGACACCCUUCUGUUGUUCACUUAGCUGUGCAUUUAGAAAAUGGACAAAGAGUGUAUUUUACAGCACAGAACGCAGUACAAAGAGCUGCUCAGCCACCAUCUACUACAUUAACCAGUUUUUUUGAGACAUGCCAAAACGAUGAUUUCGCACAAACAUUGCUAUAUUCUGAAAUGCCAAAAUAUUAUACCUGGAAUCAAUCCUCAAGGAGAUUUAUACGACGGAAACAAGGAAAACCAGUUCCAGGAUAUACAGAUGUAUAUUCCACCGAUGCGAUUGGCCGGAUUUAUUCAGUACAUCCAAGCAAUGAUGAAUGUUUUUACUUACGACUGCUAUUAGUCAAUGUACGUGGCCCAACAUCAUUCCAACAGUUACGAACUGUUGAUGGUGAAUUGUGUGUAUCCUACAGAGAAGCCUGUCAACGUUUGCAAUUGCUUGAAAAUGACGCUCAUUGGGAUCAAACUCUCAAUGAUGCUAAUAGAAUGGGAAAUCCAAAUAUACAAAUCAGUGAAGAAAUUUACAAUGAAGCAUUGAUUUCAAUUGAGGACAUGUGCUUGAUAAUGUCAAACAAACUAUUAAUUCAAUUAGGCCUGACCGCGCCCAAUCGUCCAAUGCAUGACGCUUUUAACCAAGAGUUGCAUCGAGAAAGACUGUAUGAUCUCAACGAUUUGAAAGAAUUAAUUCAAACAAAUCUUCCACUGUUAAAUGAACAACAGAAGUAUGUAUUUGAAACUCUUAUGAAAGUAACAAAUGAUGAAACUGGAGGGAUUUACUUCUUAGAUGCACCUGGUGGUACAGGAAAAACUUUUUUGAUUUCAUUAAUAUUAGCAACAAUUCGCUCACAAAAUAAAAUUGCACUUGCACUCACUUCGUCGGGAAUCGCAGCAACUUUGCUUGAAGGUGGUCGAACAGCCCAUUCAGCACUAAAAUUGCCAUUAAAUAUGCAUAGCAAUGAAACUCCAACCUGCAACGUUUCGAAGAACUCUGCAAUGGCAAAGGUUUUGCAGCAAUGUAAAUUGAUUGUUUGGGAUGAAUGCACGAUGGCACAUAAAAAAUCUUUGGAGGCUUUGGACAGAACCUUAAAAUCUACGGAGCAAUAA